GUGCUCAGAGUGGUGGCAUCUACUGGGGUUAUCAGCCGGCGCAGAGUCUUGCGAGUGCAGCGAUCUGACCAAACCGGAAUGACGGAGCGCGAAACGAAGCAGUAUACGGAACACCAGCACUGACAGAGACCCGUGGGAUUAAAAUCACUUUGCCCUGGUCAGUUGUCAAGCAUUCGACUGCCUGUCUGUCUGCACUAGGACAAAACAAAGAGUGAAUAAAGAAAUAAAUGCAACGAGAAGGAGCCGGUUUUACUCUCUAUGCUUCGCGCUGUCAAAAAAUUAGCGACUCUUUCGGAGAAACUCUGCUGGUGCCUGAAACGCUAUCAGGGGACUGACAGAACGACUUGUGCUUCUCUCCUUCCAGUGGAUGCUAAACCAUGGAUUAAUCCAGUUUAAGGGGUCAAUUGAUCCACCCCGUCAAUUUAAUAAGACAAGACAUCAAUUUAAUUCUGUCUUUGAGCGAAUUCAGUAAACUUACCUUGUGUGGAUUGUAUGCUGAUUUGGCAGCAGUAUUUCUCCAAAACUCAAGAUGACUGCGGGAUAUUUGUUAAGGUCAUUGCUGCUGCUCAUUUUAGCACUCUUCUCCGCAAACGCAAGCAACUGGCUGUACCUUGCAAAGCUGUCGUCAGUGGGCAGCAUCUCCGAUGAGAAGACGUGCGAGAAGCUGCGGGGCCUCAUCCAGAGGCAGGUGCAGAUCUGCAAACGCAACCUGGAGGUGAUGGACGCCGUGCGCCGCGGCGCGCAGAUCGCCAUCGACGAGUGCCAGUACCAGUUCCGCAACCGCCGCUGGAACUGCUCCACGCUGGAGACCGUGCCAGUGUUCGGCAAGGUCGUCACCCAGGGCACAAGAGAGGCUGCGUUUGUGUAUGCCAUCUCAGCAGCAAGUGUAGCAUUUGCGGUGACGAGGGCCUGUAGCAGUGGGGAGCUGGAUAAGUGCGGCUGUGACCGGAAUGUUCAUGGCUUCAGUCCCGAGGGAUUCCAGUGGUCGGGCUGCUCAGAUAACAUUGCCUAUGGCGUUGCCUUCUCCCAAUCCUUUGUGGAUGUCAGGGAGAGAGGCAAAGGCCAAUCAUCCAACCGGGCACUGAUGAACCUUCACAACAAUGAAGCUGGGAGGAAGGCCAUCCUGAACAACAUGCGGGUGGAGUGCAAGUGCCACGGAGUGUCAGGCUCCUGUGAGCUCAAGACCUGCUGGAAGGCCAUGCCACCCUUCCGGAAGGUGGGCAACGUCAUCAAGGAGAAGUUCGACGGCGCCACUGAGGUGGAGCAGAGGAAGAUUGGCACCACCAAGGUCCUGGUGCCUCGCAACGCCCAGUUCAAACCGCACACAGAUGAGGAUCUGGUCUACUUGGAGCCCAGCCCGGACUUCUGUGACUUUGACCCGCGCACGCCGGGCAUGCUGGGAACGGCCGGCCGCCACUGCAACAAAACCUCCAAGGCCAUUGACGGCUGCGAGCUGAUGUGCUGUGGCCGGGGCUUCCACACGGAGGAGGUGGAGGUGGUGGACCGCUGCAGCUGUAAGUUCCACUGGUGCUGCUACGUCAAGUGCAAACAGUGCCGCAAAAUGGUGGAGAUGCACACCUGCCGGUGAUUCCACCCGACCCCUGGCGGAUCCUUCCGGAGGGACGCUCUCUAAUCCCCCCCCCCACGUCCUAUCCUACUCGUCCAGGGAAAUGCUGACGGACAAGAGUGGACAAAGGCCCUCGAGGGAAGUGGGAUGCUCUUCCUAACAUUUUAACAUGUGCUAGAGGAACAUGGCGUUCAGUACACGGGACACAUUACAGGCAAGAUUUUUGGAAAUCGCGAUGUCCCAAUGAGAGUUCUAUUUUUUUCUAUCUCUCUCCUUUCACACCUUUUUGAAAAUGUGGUUUGCUCUCUUAUUUUUGUAUUUUUUUUAACUUAUUUAAGUGUAUUAGAGAGUACAACUUGAUGUGACAUUAUAACCAGGGCAGUGGCUUUGGGGCUGGGGAGCCAUUGGAUGGACUUUGACAAACAUUUUGGGGGAUGGGGGGUUGUUCAGAGGGCACAUAGCCAAUGUGUGUGUGUGUGGUUGUGUAUU